AUGCCAACUACCGUCACCACCUUGGAAGCGAGACACACCCACGGCAGCACCGACCUGGCUUUCAGUUCACGAGACCCUCUACCGACCGUGCCGUUCUCUUCGUCGCUGCCAACUGGGGGAGGCUUCCCCCCGUCCCCCAUCUCACCCGAGUUGGGAUCAAUAGACCCCAGCGAUCCUACCAGUGUCUCUGAGCUAGCAUCAUCAGAACCAAGUGGAAGCAGUGCAUACGGUAUGGUCAACCCGAACUCGCAGCAGCAGGAGCAGCAGCAGCCAGUGAGCGUUGACUCGCUGGAGUGUGUGCAGCGCUCCAUGUCGGUCGCAGUGGGUCAUGGUAUUGCUCCUAUUGGUGGUCCGGGCACUCGUGACAGCGCCUCAAGCCACACUUGCAACAACACCAGGUCCAGCCACUUUGCGGAUGACAUAUUAGGUGAUGGAAGCCCCGAAAACGAGGACACCUACCCGUCUGACCCACGCGAAAAUAACGAGUCGAUUCGCACCACGACUGCGACAACAAAAGCGGGAAGGCCGAGUCCACCCCGCCCAGCAACCACGACAACGCAUCAUCAACCCCCGCCGACGUCUCACCCUGAUCAUCUCCCGCAUUCCUCACCCAAUCCUCGAUCACCUACUGGAAACCUUUCGGAUCCUGACGAUCGGACGGAACUGCCUCCACCGGCCCGCGAGAGCCCUCCAUCUCGAGCAUCGACCUCCGAUACAUCCUCCACGAGACCCACGCCUGCUGCCGAGUCGAAAUUUGCGGCCGUCACCACCACACGACCUGCAUCGUUUCCCGAUUCGCCCGUUGUCGGUGUUUCCAGGUCACACGCGGCACACAAAUCGCUCGACGGCGAGAGCCCCUCCACCGGCACCAAGCCUCAGUAUAGACGGACCCCAGGAACGUUUGGCUCGCACCGUAUUGAGGCGGUGCAAGCGACGCGGCUGUCUGCUGGCGAACACAAAACGAAGGAGUGGACUCAGGGCCAACGCGAGCUCAUCCUGCCCAAGUCCCUGCAACACCAAAGCCCGACCGAUGAAAGGCGCCAACCCGUCCGCUCAAGGCCGCCCCUCUCUUUCCGACCACCCGGAGCCAGUGUGCCAACGGGAUCCGUCCGCGUGGCGCCAAUCCGAUCAUUUCGCUCUUCUGGAUCCCGCCGCAGCUCCAGUUUUGAGAUGAUUUCUCCCUCGAUCCAUGCCGGGGAUUCCUCCGGCGACGAUUACUCUUAUGCCGAUUUCAAUCAGCGCGACCGCACGUUGCGAGCCCUCGAGGGCAGACCGGACGAUGACGUCUCGCAGAGGAGUCCGCCAGACUCGGCAAAACGGGACACUUCCAUGGAUGGCGAUGAUACAUCCGGCGACGUUUUUAUGAAGAUUGCUAGAGAGGAAGCCCCCCGACGACGAACGGACCGCGGUUUUGCUUCCCGUGGUUCUGCUGCGGACGAUGCUCCUGCAAUCUCUCGGAUCACCCAAUCAUCUCAUCGCCGACCCCUCUCUGCAGCCGUGCCCUCCUCUCGCCAGCCCGCCUCCCCACCUCGCGUUACCCGUCGCCUAUCGGAUCAGCAAGAGGCGUCGCACGCACCAUCUCGACCGGCUGAAGAUGACGUUGCAAGUGAAAUCGUGGUACGGGGCGCACCUUACCGUGGCUUGUUGAGAGAGAAGGCGGCUUCAAGUCAUCCUGCUGAAGAGAGCCGCGUGUCAAGGGUGUCAACCACGGGCUACCGGGCAUCUCCCAUCACGCCCAGGUCUUUCACCCACCAGGAUGCAACAACGGAAAAUUCCUCUUAUUCUCGGAGAAGAACUUCCGUAACAGAGAGCAGUGGCGGUUACCGCAGCUCUACUUACAAGCAGACUCACCUGCCCUACGGCCACUCCCGCACCUACAACUCGUCGCCUCUUGCGACUCGCACAGCGGAACCGCAUCGUCAAGAUCUGCACCAUGACAAUAACCAUGGACUCGAAGGAACGGAGUCGACAGCGUCAACUACCGCGCCAUCAACCGUGUGGGACGAGUUGGACGACUUGAAGUCACGAAUCCAUCGGCUGGAGCUGACGGUACUGGACGAGCGACCACCGACGGCCACAAACACGACCGUAUCCACGUCACCCAAGCGCGUUUCGGGUCAUGCCGCGACAGCGUACGGGGACGCGAGUAGCACCACGUCCUCGCAACGCGACUCGCAGCAACAACCAGUGCUGCAGUCUGCUGUAAAUCGGAGUAAACUGCUGUUGAGCCCGGAGGUGUCCAAGGCACUCGAGACGGCAGCAUCGGAUGCGACUGCUUUGGUGGCCAUGAUGGGAACGGCGGGGCAGCCUGGGCCGAUUUCGAGCGGGGCGAGCGCCAUCGGUACGGGAGCUACGGUGACAGAUCGGCAGCUACGGCGCCGGGCAGAGGCUAUCUGCCGGAGCCUGACCGAACUUGCGCUAGCGCUCACCGAAGAGGCUGCGCCGUCGCAGACUCGAACAGUGACUGUCCAGGCUAACAACACGCCUCUGAGAGACGGUCCGACGACACCGACAAUAACGAAGAAUUUCCCUAGUGUCGUGACGCAUCAGCGCAGGGACAGUUUGACCAACGAAAGCAGUGCGUCUGGACAGAAUAGCAUGCCUAGUCCGCGUGCGCUAUCCAAGCUCGAGGAGAGAAGAAACUCGCUGCUAAAUGCGAGCAACCUUCCCACGCUUCGUCUCGCGAGUACCGCGGGUUCUUCGGCAGUGGUGACAACGGCGGCGGCGGCGGAGCCACCGUCCACUGUUGCGCGAAAGUCGUCUUUACUCAUUGGUCGCACACGACGAGCCGCAACCGAGGAGCCUGAGGAAGGACGUCGAUCCUCGAUGCUCCUCAGGACGCGGCGGGCCGGAACAGAGGAGCCGGAAGAUGGUCGCAAGACGUCUCUGCUGCGCGAGCGACGAAAUACCAACGAAGGGGACGAAGAGGAGCAUCGGUUUCGCGCGCCAUCCCGGGCGGGCACGGAAUUAGCAUCCUCUCGGGCCGUGUCCCACAGCUACAUAUCCCCGAGCUCGACGGAGACCAUUACUCUCGCGUCUUCGGCGCUCCCUCGAAGAAGGGUGGGGUCGACAAUGCUGAACUCGUCGCGGUUGGCCACACCCUCAACACCUUCCGCACUCGGUGGGCGGCGCUACCUGGAACGAUCUACCGCCGACCGCGACACCAACAACAACGUCGCGGAUAAACUACCAGAGGACCGGGGACAACGACAAGGCUCAUUACUCACACGGACGGCAAGCCUGUUGCGCCGACCGAACCGCGAAAGCCACUCGACGAGCACGUCAGCCUCGGCACAAGCCGGUGGCUACAGAUAA